GUACAUUUUUAUAGAGGUUUUUUAAGCAGAUCGCAAAAAUGGCGUCAAUUGUGGGUCACGUGCCCGUGUUUCCCGCUGGAGAAACAAUACCUGAUUGGGCGAAAAUAGGCUGGAACUCGAAAGUUCAGCAUGAUAUCUAUCGAGAUUGGGGUACAUACUACGCACACCGACGGCGGCUGAACUUUGCCCAGUAUUAUUAUACUAAAUCCUUGGAAUUCGAUGAGAAUGAUUAUCUUACGCUCUAUCGAAGAAGUAUGACCAAGAGAAAGGCAGCUGAAAUUAAAGGAUCACUUGAAGAUGCAAGAGUCGCUGCAGCAAUGGGUCAGAAGAAACGUGGACCGAAUUGUCCAAUCAAUCUGCAAAUAUGCGAUAAUCUUUUUGAACUGAACCAGUUCGAGAAUUGCAAUUGUGAACUUCGAGAUAACUUGCGGAGGUUUAUUGGCGUUAAGGCCCGAAACUUUGAGCUUCGUCGCAAAGUGGUUGAUGAUGUCAUUAAAGAUGUCACUGGCAAAGGACUCUCUUUGUUUUAUCUGAACUUUCAAAAAGUCGUCGAACAAGUGAGCGCGAUUCUCAAAGCAAAUGAGAUGCAAGAUAAACGUCCCAUGUGGAAGAUAUUAAAGGAGCAGGAGAAAUGUGACGUACUCAGUAUACCGGAAGUAGAGGAAGAGAAUCCAUCUCCACUUGAAAUAGCACGCAGAAAGCGCGCAUUUAAUGUCAUUCAUCAGAACUAUCUGAAUUUGUCCUGGCAUGAUGUACUUUUCAUGAAAACAAUACGCAAGAAUCCCAAUCUACUGCUGGAGCAGUGUACGAAUUCGAAGAACUUUUUGGCCAAUCUAUCUCAAUCCCAAUAUGAUAUUGUGCGGCGAUUUAUAAAAAUGAUUCAUUCUCGGAACCCUCUGUACUAUGUCAGUUUCUUGAAAUUCUCAAACAAAAAGAUGCUGGAGAAGAAUAAAGAGGCCUACCUAUUUGGCAUUCAGUAUCAAACUCAUCGGAAUAUGAUAGCAGAUCUAAGACAAAUUCGUAGGCUACGCAAAGAAAAAAGACUUAAGAGUCUUGCCGAAUACGUUGAGAAAGUAAUGGGUGAUUAUUAUGUGACAAAAACUAAUCGUGUCAUGUGUUGGAAAUUUGAGUUCAUAAAUGAGGUUUACAAUACUCUAGCCCUGGCCCUAACCGAACAGUAUUAUGUGCCCAAAUUUUUUAAGCAGUUUUCAACUCAUUCGGCAUUAUUGAGUCUACUGCGACAGCCUGCGAAUAAGAUCAAAGAUGCAGUGCCAUUUGUUUUUGGAGAUCGCUCUACUUACCAAGAUGGCGAUGCCAAAGAUCCCGUUGCAAUAAAAGCAAGACAACUAAUUUCACGUUUGGAGAAACGCAUAAAGUUUGCAAAGUUUUCCAUUGAGAAGUGUUAUCUAUAUCAUCAGAUUUCCAGUGUUCAUUUGAGUCAAUUGCACUAUGAUGAAUGCACUCUCAAUGCCCGCAGAGCUAUCAAAGAGUGUCGAAACUGCAACAGUGUGAUAUGGCACUUUCUAAGUCUCCUACUGAUCAUCAAGGCAAAUGUUUUGCAGCAUAAAGUGGAAGCCAGUAAGGAGUCUGUUGAGGAAGCUUAUCCAAUUGCAAGGCAACUUAAAUUUCGACCUCUAAAUAAGUUUAUGGAGUUAUGUCUUCAAUGUGUUGAAGACGAUCUUCGCAAAAAAGGUGAAUCUAUAGCUUCUCAACGAACCAGUAAAGCAUCAGGCACAAGUUUGAUAUGAUUUUAUAAUUUUCAUGUAGGAAAUUUAAUAAACUUCAUUAUUACGAAAUUAAA